AUGUCGUCCGUCAACUGGUUCGCCAGACCGCAUUUGGCCCAACUGGCGAUCUACACGUCAGUACUGGUGGUGACAAAGAACAAGUGCCCUGGAGUACACAGUCGGGAGCACCAGGCAGCGGCCACGGUCAACACCACCAGACUCAGCCGGGAGUAUCAACGAUCAGCACAGCCAGCCAACUUCAGUCGGGAGAUCGAAGAAUGA